ACUCCUCCUACUCUAUCUAAUGCCUGUAACUCACAUCCAAGGCUCAGGAGCGAAAUCCAGGGAGGGAUCUGUUCCAAAUGCACACGGGUGUUGGAAGCAGGGAGAGUGAGAGGAACGAAAGAGAUCUGUCUCUCUCUCCACAUACUGUGAUCUUGCUAAGGGCUAGAUUUGCAUCUGUUCUGCAGGGUGAUUGAGACCCGCAGGUGCAAUAAGAUUACACAGAUCACUGGGAUUUGAUGGUAAAAUCAACACUCUAAGAGGGGAGUAUACAUCUUCAUCAAUCAGACUUGAUCUGGGUGGUCGUACUGGUUGUGUGUUUUUUCUCUCCUAAGGGCAGCACAAUGGCAGUCUUUCAGUAGGAUGAAUCCUGUCUUGGCUUUUGUUCUGCAGAUCCACCCAUCCUCAUAGCAAUCGAGUAACAGGCUAUGGUUUUCUCUUUGGGGAUCUUUUGUCUCUGCUUAGUUAUUGGCCUCAGCUGGGAUUUCUUCACCUUACUUUUCGUUUGGCUUCAUGCUGAAAAAGGAUUUCUUUUUCACGCUUUUGGUAAUAAUCAUCCAAUGUUGAUCUAGGGGGAUAACCUGGCUGCAAAAAGCAUCGAUUGAGAAGUCUCAAAGAAAUAAAGCACGUGAGGAAAAAAAAAAACUGGGAGAAGAUCGGAAUAUAAUUAUUUUUUCUAUGGUAAAACUGGUGCCCCUCUUCAGAAGAACUGAUCCCAGUUUAUUAUUAUGCAACCGCAAGGAUCUCUUCUUUCUCAGGGUGUAUAAGCUGCUGGAUUGCUUUUCGCCCAAAUCAAUGUGGUUUCUUUGGAACAUUUUCAGCAAAGGAUCGCAUAUGCUGCAGUGUCUUUGUGGCAAGAGUCUUAAGAAAAACAAGAAUUCAACUGAUCCCCAGCUCAAGGGUAUAGUGACCAGGUUAUAUUGCAGGCAAGGCUACUACUUGCAAAUGCACCCCGAUGGAACUCUCGAUGGAACCAAGGAUGACAGCAGUAAUUCUACUCUAUUCAACCUUAUACCAGUGGGACUACGAGUUGUCGCUAUCCAGGGUGUAAAGACAGGGUUGUAUAUAGCCCUAAAUGGAGAAGGUUUCCUCUACACAUCAGAACUUUUUACACCGGAGUGCAAGUUUAAGGAGUCCGUUUAUGAAAAUUAUUAUGUAAUCUACUCAUCGAUGCUCUACAGACAACAAGAGUCGGGUAGGGCCUGGUUCCUGGGGCUUAAUAAGGAAGGGCAGGUCAUGAAAGGAAACAGAGUGAAGAAAACAAAACCAGCAGCUCAUUUUCUACCCAAGCCAUUGGAAGUUGCCAUGUAUCGAGAACCAUCCUUGCAUGAUGUUGGAGAAACAGUGCCAAAGGCUGGGGUAACUCCAAGCAAAAGCACAAGUGCAUCUGCAAUAAUGAAUGGAGGCAAACCAGUUAACAAGAGUAAGACGACAUAGCCGGAUCCUCACAGGUGUUGUGACUUAUUAAGCCCUGAGUACAGUUGAGCAAUUUAUCCUUGCCGGACUCUGCUACUUCGGUGUCUGUGGAUCAGCUUGAGGCAAGUGAAUACUUGCACUUUGCUGUUUCUGAACUAAAUUGUUGCAAGUGGAUAAAUCUCAACAUGUAGCUCCUCCAACAAGAAGACACCUGGAUAACCAGCUAAACUCAGACCAUGGAAUGCCCUACCAGAUAUGGAAUGCCUUUUGAAUAUUUUUUCUGUGACUGUGACACUUUAUGUGAAUGACAUACUUCACAAGUACACUUGAUACCUUGCCUGCUGACAGUUACCCAUAAUCCCUUUUUGAGUCCAGUUUCAGCGAAAUCCAUGUGUUUAAGUUCUAUUUUGUAGCACACAGAUGAUAUCAAGUAAUUUCUAGUUAGAUGCUGUAAACCUGUGCUAUUAUGAAUUUCUCUUCUUCUCUUUUUUUUACAAGGCUGCUUGCUCCACUGUCUGUGACCUUUUGCAGGGAUUGUGUUUCUCUACAAUUUAAAUGUUGCAGGUGGCUUAGUUCUGAAAGCAAUCAGGGAAUCAGGAAGCCUUCAAAAACCUAUUAUUAUGAAUUAUAUCUAUGAAGACUAGGAUCAUUGUCUCUGACUUAGAAUAUUGGUAAAUGUGAAUACACUUUAGUAACAGAUACCAUGCUCCUGAGGUUGGCAUUAUUGUGGUGGGAAAAGUGUCAAACACGACCAGUAGAAAGUUUUUUGAAACUAGUGUUUGACAUCCCUCUAUAGUUUCUUUUUGUGUGUGUGUUUUAUACAUAUCACAGGCUUACUGGUAAUGGUAACAUUUGCCUUGCCCAGCGAGCAAGACCCACUCAUUUUUGGGAAAGUGGGUCCAAAGAACUAUGUAGGCCUUGUAGGCCUGAAUUAAGGCUCAUUUUUCACCUACUAAUCCUCAUUAUUUGAAAAAUAAUAAUUAAGACUAACAAGAAUUGCGCUACCUAAAUCCAGUUCAGAUCUAAUCCUUUCCUGUUUUUAAUUAACUGAAUUUAAUGCCAUCAUUAUUUUGGCUGUUUUCCACUCUUACUCAGCAAAGCAUGGGCAAGGAUGUGUUCUUUUUAGCAGCACCAAUGCAAAGGGUAGUUAUAAGUUAUACUUUAAUAUUUUUGGUAUUAAUUUUUUUUUAAACUGGGUCUAUUAGAAAACAUUUAAUUUUUUUUUAGCUCAGCAUGCAGAGUCCAGUCCUAUGUAUUUCACCCCAUAACCCAGUACAUACCUCUAACCCACCUUUUUAGGAUAUUCCCACCAAACUGCUAGAUAAUCGGUGCCUUGCCUUGCUUUCUGUAUGCUAUACAUUCUACUACAUGAAACUAGAGGAAAGCAAACCCAUUAUGAGAUUGAGUCCUUGAAUCAUGUUCAAUUGCUUCAUGAGAAAUACUGGUGACGCUUCACUGGUGUCAGUUAACUGUCAUGAAACCAAUUGAACAACAAAAUAAAAUGGGUAAUAAGCUUUAGACAGUACAACAAAGAUGCCAUUAUAGUGUUAAAUACUGUAGGUAAAGAGUCAAAUAUUUAGGCGCAUACUUUCAAAAGACUGAAAUAAGGCUAUUCUGUGUGUGCUUAAUAGGCAUUUGCUUCUCAGAAAGGGCGGCAAGGACCAAACUGUACCUGAGUUUUGGCAAACUAUGUGUGACAACACUCUAUUGGCCUCUUGCUGUUAUCAUCAUGUUUAAGGGGGACAAACUUCAUCCUUCCCUUUUGAGCAAUUGUAGUUACUGAAAAAAAUAAUUUUCUCAUGGCAUUAUGCAGAGCUCUGUGACAGGCCACCAGUUGUUUCAAAUUCCUGGCCUGUUUAACUGCAUACUGAUUAACUCUUCAUGCUUAUACAGUUUUCAUAUGGGAGUUCCGUUUUAAUAAGUAACACAACAUAUUGUUCAAGUAGGUUAUUGUAAUGCUGCUAUGAGUCUUUUGACAGUUUAGGGUUCCUUGUUUAUAUACCGUGUAAAACAGACAAAGUUUGGAUCUCUUUAAAGAGCCGAGUGAAGCAUAUCAAGUGACGUUUGUUUUGUAAGUAUUUAAGCAUUUAAACAAAGACAAAGCUACUUCAAUGCUGUGACAAAAUGUGCAUAAAGUAACUUUUGGCCCAGAUCAUCCCCUCACCCGGUGACUUUAAAGGAGAAAAUCUCCAUGAGAUACCCCUUGUGGUGAGCUUCCGAUCUCAUCCUACUAGGACGGAUGGGACUUGUGUGCCUCCCGCCCCCCUAACAAAAAAAGCUAUGAAGCCUCCCCCUGGUGGAUCAAUAGGAGGCCAGUACUACCAACGUAGAGCUCUGCCCUGCCUCUCUGGUAGUGUCCUGGAAUUGGAGCCUUGCUGACCUCCCCGCCCCCCUCACUUCUGCUGUAGCGCCUCUUGGGAUUGGGAAGGGAGUUGUGCAGAGAAGCUGCAUUAUCUUUUGUGUCUAAUGUUCACAGGGAGCCUAUGUGCAUUCUUGCCCUGUCCCACGCAGUCUCCAGCCUGCCCAACUUGGACCCUGGCCUGCACAGAGAUGGCUCUGCAGGGUCCGGAGGGUGAGACAGUGCCAUAGAACUGCCUGAGGUAUGCACGGAGGAUGUAGAGAGCACAUGCUGGUCCUUUGAAUUUCAGUUCUCUGGGACUGGUGUCCCAAGGCCAUAUACAUUACCAUUUUCAACAUUAAACCCUACAUCUCAGGCAGCUAUUUCUCUGCCAACCAGUUGACUAGUUACAAUUAAGGCUGAAUUUAUUUUUGUAAAUGACUAGUAUGUACUGUAAAUGUAUCACCAGUUUUAUUUUUGUUUACAUGGGUUGUCUGUAAGGGUGUUUAAUCCUGUGAAUGGAUGUCUUACAAUUUAUUCUAAAGUCUGUUUAAACGUAGAGCACAGGGGUCUUUGUUAUUUGUGUUUUGGUUAUGCCUUUAAUUUUGUCUCGUCUCAUCUGUUGCAUGGGAAGAGGAUGGCAAUGAUGAACUGCAUGUAGUAGGCUAUGCGUAUCAAGAACUGUUGGUAUGUAUUACUAAAUUUACAUACAUAUAUGCAAAGAGUUUGUUUGCAUUGUACAGUUUGUGUUUAUUAUCAUUUGUUGUAUACACAGAGGCAACAUAUUGAAUAAAAUAUUUAUAUGAAGGCAUAUUGAAAAACAAAACAACUUUAUCUAACAAGCAGAAUGUGCAAAAUAACAUUGCACUGGCCACAAUGUAGUGAAACUACGUAGAUAGGUUGGCAAACUCAAUUCUCCCCCUUUACCAUGCCAAAGAAAAUUUUAGCUCCUUGAUAUAUUACCUCUCCUGCUGUUUUCCAGGAUAAGACUUCACCAUUUUGUUCCCUCUAAAAUUAAUGUUGCUGUUAAGUGAAAACUAUUUUCAACUGUCUGUUACUACUAAAGUAAUGUAUAGUAAACCUGAUGAAUUAAUUUCAUAUUUACAGAUUUUGUGUUUUGUAUUUCCAUGUACAGCAAUGUAUACGACUCUACAGUAUGCCAGACCUUUUGCAUGCUGUGUUUUGUAUUGCUCCUUCCUUUCUUUUUAUUUAAUCCCAGAGAGCCUGGUUUGCACAGUGGUCCAAAAAAGAAAUGCCAAUCUCUUCACUAUCUCACUAAUGCACAGGUAUAUUAAUAAUGCAGAUGGGCAUUAUCUUUUCAUUUUCCCUCUGAAACAAAAAGUUCAUUUUUAUUUCAGCAACAAUUUUGGCAAAAUACCAGUCAUGCAUACACAUACACAAAAUCCAGUUCUUAGGUAGAUAUGUACAAAUUGAACAAAGCACUAUUAAAAAGUGUUUUCUAGAUUCACAUGAAACUUUACCAGCUUGGUCAUGUUUAGAAAAACUAUAGUAGCUUCUAAAGAAAGAUCACAAGUGCUUUGUAGCUCACUUAACACGUCUUUUGCUUCUUCUCCUAUUCUUUAAGCAAUGCUCAAAUCAACAUGUUUAUGUAUUGUCAUUUUUUCAUCCAUAUGAUUUGUAUAACAAAAAUAACCCACAAAAGAAUAAAAGGACCUUCUUUCACAAUGUAUUUACCUGAAAGAAUCUUGUAAAGCUCAUAACUGUUUACACACAGAGGGACAAAAUCUCUGCUGCUGUAAUGUUAUAGCGGUCAAUCGAGUAGACAAAGAGUUUGGCCCAUGCAUUAAAGGUGUGUCUUGUUGAUCCAUCUGUUCUAUGGUACAAAGUAGAAAUAUUCAACUCCAUUCAGGUUAGAAAAAGUAGGAAAAUUAGACAUAGUAAAGCUAUUAUAGUGUUGCUAAAUGCCCCUUUGGAUAAAUUUGUGAUCUGUGCAAUACAUUUCAAGACUUUUUCAGGAUGUCUAAUGCAAAUGUUAUGAUUUAUUUUUUUAAAUAUAAUAAAAUCUUUGUUCUAGAGCCUAGUCA